GUUCAAAUGAUGUGACGCAGGAGAUUCAAAGUUGGCAGCAACGUCUUUGUUGGCAUACUGGCUGUUUUUAUCCGCAGCCGAAGCUUUUAUAAAACUUAUAAAAGUUACAUAUUCCGAUGUUUUUAUACUCGUGAAGUGGGUUUUCAGUACCAGAAUGGAAGGUGAAGUCAUUGGACCGGGCCCAUACAGGGCGACCAAACUGUGGAAUGAAACCAUUAAACUCUUCCGUGGAGGCAUGCCGCUGAGAAGGCACUGGGCACACUUCCGCUACUAUGACUGGAGUUUCACGGGUUCCGAGGCUGUGGAUUACUUGCAUGAGCUACUGAGGCGCAACCACAACUUUGGACCUGAGGUGACUCGCUACCAGACUCUGCAGCUGCUCAGGAAGUUCCUCAAGGCCCAUGUCAUUGAAGACAUCAAAGGACGUCAUGGGACAGAGGACUUUGAAGACAAUGGCCAUUUGUAUAGGUUCCCUACACUGUCUCCCCUGAAGUCUUUUCCAGCAAGGCCUCUGUUGAGAGACAGCAGUGACCUGCCCAGACUCAUUCGCUGGGAUGACUAUGAAGAAUUGCCUCAGCAGGAAAACAUGGCACCCAUGAAGCCUGCUGUCAUGACCUCAGAUCUGUGGAACAAAAGGCAUAGUGUUGCUAUUGGGGAUGUGCAUGAAUGCAAGCUCAUACGGAGGAAGGAGAUAACCGCGAAACAAGUCGAUCACACCUGGAAAUCAAUGACAGUUGCACAUUUGCAGAGAGUACUGGGCCUAAUUUCAUUGGAUGGUGUUUUAAACCCAAACCAUGUGAACGGCAAACACAUCGUUCACAACGUGUUCAACGUUAACAAGACGGGCAUAGUGGUAUUGGAGAAUAAAGCAGAGGACAUGCCAUAUUGGGUGGUCUCAGCAAUGAAAUGCCUUGCCAAUUGGCCUAACGGCAAUGAAAGCAAGCAGCCAGUCUACCCAGGUUUCGAGAGGGAUGUUCUAAGAACAGUAGGAGAUUACUUUCAGAGGCUGAAAGAACCCCUGCUGACUUUCCAUCUAUAUGAAGUCUUUGUCAACAUUCUCGGCCUGCUGCAGGAGCAGGAGGUAGCCGCUGAGGCUCUUCAAGUCAGCUGUCUAUUACUGCCGCCACCCAACCGAAGACGCCUCCAGCUUUUAUUGCGCCUCAUGGCCCGGGUGUGCCAGAAUCCCUACCUGCCUCCCCUCAAUGACUCCAUAACGACGCGCACACUGAUGGUGCAGAUGUUUUCACACUGCGUCCUGGGUUCAGUCGAUGAGAUGGACUUGGAUGAGCUGCUAGCCACCAAACUGGUGACCUUCAUGAUGGAGCACCACAACACCAUCUUCCAAGUCCCUUCCAAGCUGCGCCGGCAGGUUGAGGAGCACCUGUCCCACUUCAAAAGAGUUCAGAUCAAAUAUGCAGGAUCAGAUACAGACUUCAGCACAUCUCCAGCUUUUUGUAAACAGAUCCACAGGGUGGAAUCUGAGGGGCAGAAAGUGAUAGGAACCCAGACCCCCCUGCAUGAGCUGCUGGAAGGCCUGAUUGCAGACAAAGAACUUCCUGCCAAAGACAAGAGGAAAAGACUUAAACAGUUCCAGAGGUCGUACCCAGAAGUCUACCACAAACGAUUUCCCACAGAUGAAAGCAAAGCUACUGUCAUAUCAGAUAAAGCCCCACGAUUUAAACCUCCUCUCAUGUUCCUAAACCUGAAGAAACCCUUUCAGCCCUUUCAGAGGAGCUGGAGUUUUCGGGCAUGAUCUGCUAACACUGAUUCAUCUGCACUUCAGGCUGUAUGCACAACUUGAUUUUGGUCACAUGUGGUCAACCACCUUUUAAUUUCGUUUCAUUUAAUGUUUAAUUUGUAGCACUGUUAAACUAAGAUUACAAUUUAAAGGGUCAGUUUACAAAUAUAAUAAAAACAAUAAUGAUAAUUGCCAUUCACAUUCCUGCUGACUCCUCUAGCCAGAUAGCUUGAUUUAGCUGACAAGCAACAACAGCAACUAUUUACGAACUUUGGAUUAGAUUAGAUUCAACUUUAUUGUCGUUACACAUGUACAAGUAUGAGGCAAUGAAAUGCAGUACUGAAAACUACAAACCAUGCGAGUGGAUGGUUGAGCUGACCCUUUAAGAAAUACAUUUUUACUUAUUGUGUUGCUAGGAAACUUGAACAAUUUAUAGAAAACAAUGAUCCACUAACACUGAGAGAACCACUUAUGUUUCUUAAAAUGAGCUCUUAUACUUGUGUAUUGGUACACUUUUAUGCCUCUGCAAUGGCGACAGCGGCCUUAUGUUUUCAGGUUGUCCUUCUGUCCGUGCAUCCUGUUCUUGUUUCCGUGUUAUCUCAGGUACGCCUUGAGGAAAUUCCUACGAUUUCUACUUUAAAUUUGGCCAAAGGUUACAGUGAACUCACAAAACGUGUUUUUGGCCAUAACUCAAGAAUCCAUACACUAAUUAUGACUAAAUUUCACCCAAAUGUCUAAUAGGAUAAAAUAAUGAAAUGAUGACAUUUUAUAUCCAAAAGGUCAACUUCACUGUGACAUCCUAGUGUUCUGCACUGUUCUGUCCAUUAUUCAGCACCAUAACUCAGGAACAGAAGGGGAGAUUGUUACCAUAUUUCACAUUUGGUCAGAUAAUGAAAUGCUGACGCUAAUUUUGGGUGUCCACCUUGAAACUCUGCUGAUUGUAUAGAUCUUCUGUGCUGCCGGGUUCAAGGUGUUUGUGAAGCAUCCACAUUUUAGGACUUGUAGCAGCUUUUAUGGGCAAACAUGUAACCACACACAAGCAAUUUGACUCUUUGUUUUUGUUCCUCUCAGUGAACUUACACACUAAUAGACCUUCAGCAGCAGUCCACCACCAGCUCACUGGGUUCACUUUUAUUGAGCUUCAGGUGAUUGUUGUUGCACCAUGUGUUGUCUUUAUCAGUGCUCUGUAAAAAUAGUCUUUAAUGGAAGACAGAGUGUUUCUCACUGGAAAUCAUUUUAUUUUAUUUAAUUCCUUCAAAGUCUUCCCCACGUGUGGUUCUGGACAGAUGUGGAUGUAAACUACAAUUUUACUGGUUGGCAGGGGCAUAUAGCCACAAGGUACUUAUACUAGUUCUAAGAUACUGUAUGUUAGAAAGCUCUGACAAGCAGGGAUGGUAGUUGAUUGACAUUACCAUUCUUGGACCGAAUUGGGUGAAAUGCAUUUCAAAAGUAUUAAUAGGUUAUUAGGUGUUAACAUUAUAAUUUGUGAAAAGUUAAUGAUCAAAACACAUACCCCGAAAGCAUUUAUACUGAUAUGUAUUUUUGUACUGUAGCUCUGCUCUAAAUUCAGAUACAUUUCUUCAAAGAGAUUCUAUCAUUUCAUGAGCUUGACUCUUGUAAUGCAAAGAUGCAUUUCAUUUUCAUGGUCACUGUUUGAUGUAGACUGGUCAUUAUGAUGUUGAAUCGAGGCAACUGUGCCUCAUCUGAAAUCAGCCUAUGAACAUAUCAAGGGUUUGCUGAGAAAGGGAGUGUAUGUGAUGUGAGCAGCUCUCGAGGAACUUCAGCUGGUAAUUGCUAGUUUUGAACUACAAAUAAAUUAGAAAUGAACAAACAUGUCAAGAGCCUGAGUGAAAAUAGUACAUUAAAGUUGUUUGACAGCAUGUCUUUUUUUUUAAUUUUGAUAUGCAGUACCUAAUCUCAGAAAAAGGGAAGAAGAGGCAAAUGCAAACAUUUUGCAUGCUAUAAAGUGUUACAACCCUUUCUCUCUAAACCCUCCAUUCACCUUGCUUGAUGGGUCCUACUGUAUGUGCACUCUUAAAACAACUCAUUUCAUGUGUUGAUUUACUGGUUUUAUUCUGUAAAUAGGAACUGUUUUAUUAAUUGGUACUUAUUUCAGUGUCUCAAAUUCUCUUCUCAUUGUUUUCACUGUAGAUUGUCAUUUUCUGUUACUUCUUGCUUUGUGAUGUUGAUUGAGAUGUUCUUUACUUAAGAUGAGACAUGAAACUGUUUAUUUUUAUUGAUUUGUCUAUAUUGACUCCCUUACAUGCUGUUGAACAAAUAAUGCUGGAAUAACUGUUACACUUGAAUUGCUGCUCUGUGCUGGAAAAAAUUCAAUGGGAUGAAAGUGAAUUCAUCUAGAUGCUGAUUUUUCUAUAAAAGCUCUAAUUGCCAAGUG